ACACAAGAUGGCGGCUCCCAGGGAGGAGGCAUGAGCGCCCUACCGUUACCGCUCCUCCUGCCGUACAGUUGCCGCUUCGGGGCCUAACUCUGGCUCCUUGAAGCGGUUCCUGUGGGAAGGAGUCAUAAGGAGGGAAGUGAGGAUCGGACACUGCCUUGAGUUUGGUUUGCAGUGGAAGAACUGACCCAGGAGGAAGAGAAUAGGGGGCAACGGGGAGCUAGUCUCAAGAUGGCGGCUCCCAGGGCGGCAGGCGCAGCUUGAGCUGCAGAGGCGGACUAAGGGGAAAGGUGCGAGACCUCUAACGGCCUUACGGCGCGCGCCUCCAAACGGCCCUCGGGAGCUCGAGCUGAUUCUGCCGGCCUCCGGCGCGCCUCCAUUCCUUAGGUGUGUCGAGGCUGUUUCGGGAGCGGCGGCUGCACUGAGCGCUGGGCGGGGAAGCGGGACGGUCUCAAGAUGGCGGCUCCCACAAUUGUGGUCUGAGCGCCGGCGGGGGUGCGACGACCGCGGCGCCUGUGGCUCCUUUCCACCCGCCCCGGAAGCCGGCCAGUCCUGGGGACUUGGGGGUGUGGGAACCGGGCCGGGGUUCCGCCAUUUCCGGCGGGGGAGGGCUACGACUGAGGAAGGGAGGAGAGAGAGGCGGCUCAAGAUGGCGGCUCCCAGGGCCUCCCGCCCGAGCUUGUAAGCGGGAGCGCCCGGGCAAGUAGUUGGGGCGACGGGACUCGGCGGCCUCCAGCUUAUCGAGCCUAGGCGCUCGACAGUUUUGGGCAGCUCUUGAGGAGACGAGGUGAGCGAGAAGAAAGGGAAGAGCCAAAGGGAAGGAGAGCAGUUAAGAUGGCGGCCUCCAUGGAGUCGUCUACCGCUGUGUGAGGAACCGCUUCUCCGUUAGAGCUGCCUUAGACGAAAGGGGGUGUGUGAGAGGAACUGAGGGGCUCCCUUCCCGCUCGUUGACUUCUCCCCCCCGCACCCUUUCCCGGAACUAUGGCUUCGGCCGUGUCGCCCGCCAACUCGCCAGCGGUGCUCCUGCAGCCCCGCUGGAAGCGAGUUGUGGGCUGGUCGGGUCCGGUGCCGCGGCCCCGUCACGGCCACCGCGCCGUGGCUAUCAAGGAGCUCAUCGUGGUGUUUGGCGGCGGCAACGAGGGAAUAGUGGACGAACUGCACGUGUACAACACGGCAACCAACCAGUGGUUCAUCCCAGCUGUGAGGGGCGACAUCCCUCCUGGGUGUGCAGCCUAUGGCUUUGUGUGUGAUGGAACUCGCCUCCUGGUGUUUGGCGGGAUGGUGGAGUAUGGGAAAUACAGCAAUGACCUCUACGAGCUCCAGGCGAGCCGGUGGGAGUGGAAGAGACUCAAAGCAAAGACACCCAAAAAUGGGCCCCCUCCAUGUCCUCGGCUCGGGCACAGCUUCUCCCUUGUGGGCAACAAAUGCUACCUGUUUGGGGGUCUGGCCAAUGACAGCGAGGACCCAAAGAACAACAUUCCGAGGUACCUGAAUGACUUAUACAUCCUGGAAUUACGGCCGGGCUCCGGAGUGGUAGCCUGGGACAUCCCCAUCACUUACGGGGUCCUGCCACCACCCCGGGAGUCACAUACUGCCGUGGUCUACACUGAAAAAGACAACAAGAAGUCCAAGCUGGUGAUCUACGGCGGGAUGAGUGGCUGCAGGCUGGGGGACCUGUGGACCCUAGAUAUCGAUACCCUGACAUGGAAUAAGCCCAGUCUCAGCGGGGUGGCACCUCUCCCUCGCAGUCUCCACUCAGCAACCACCAUCGGAAAUAAAAUGUACGUGUUUGGUGGCUGGGUGCCUCUCGUCAUGGAUGACGUCAAAGUGGCCACACACGAGAAGGAGUGGAAGUGUACCAACACGCUGGCUUGUCUCAACCUGGAUACCAUGGCCUGGGAGACCAUCCUGAUGGAUACGCUGGAGGACAACAUUCCCCGGGCUCGGGCCGGCCACUGUGCAGUCGCCAUCAACACCCGCCUGUACAUUUGGAGUGGGCGCGACGGCUACCGCAAGGCCUGGAACAACCAGGUCUGCUGCAAGGACCUCUGGUACCUGGAGACAGAAAAGCCACCACCCCCAGCCCGAGUACAACUGGUACGCGCCAACACCAACUCCCUGGAGGUGAGCUGGGGGGCAGUGGCAACAGCCGACAGCUACCUUCUCCAGCUCCAGAAAUAUGACAUUCCUGCCACGGCCGCUACUGCCACCUCCCCUACACCCAAUCCAGUCCCAUCUGUGCCUGCCAAUCCUCCCAAGAGCCCUGCCCCGGCAGCAGCCGCACCCGCUGUGCAGCCGCUGACCCAAGUAGGCAUCACGCUCCUGCCCCAGGCUGCCCCCGCGCCCCCGACCACCACCACCAUCCAGGUCUUGCCGACGGUGCCUGGCAGCUCCAUUUCUGUGCCCACUGCAGCCCGGACUCAAGGUGUCCCUGCUGUUCUCAAAGUGACCGGUCCUCAGGCUACAACAGGAACUCCAUUGGUCACCAUGCGACCUGCCAGCCAGGCCGGGAAAGCCCCCGUCACCGUGACCUCUCUGCCUGCCGGAGUGCGGAUGGUUGUGCCAACACAGAGUGCCCAGGGGACGGUGAUUGGCAGUAGCCCACAGAUGAGUGGGAUGGCUGCACUGGCUGCUGCUGCUGCUGCCACCCAGAAGAUCCCCCCUUCCUCAGCACCCACAGUGCUGAGUGUCCCCGCGGGCACCACCAUCGUGAAGACCAUGGCUGUGACACCUGGCACUACCACCCUCCCAGCCACUGUGAAGGUGGCUUCCUCACCAGUCAUGGUGAGCAACCCUGCCACUCGCAUGCUGAAGACUGCAGCUGCCCAGGUGGGGACAUCGGUUUCUUCUGCCACCAACACGUCUACCCGCCCUAUCAUCACGGUGCACAAGUCAGGCACCGUGACAGUGGCCCAGCAAGCCCAGGUGGUGACCACAGUCGUGGGUGGGGUCACCAAGACCAUCACCCUGGUGAAGAGCCCCAUCUCUGUCCCAGGAGGCAGCGCUCUGAUUUCCAAUCUUGGCAAAGUGAUGUCAGUGGUCCAGACCAAACCAGUGCAGACUUCAGCAGUCACAGGCCAGGCGUCCACAGGUCCUGUGACUCAGAUCAUCCAGACCAAAGGGCCCCUGCCAGCGGGAACAAUCCUGAAGUUGGUGACCUCAGCAGAUGGCAAGCCCACCACCAUCAUCACCACCACACAGGCCAGUGGGGCGGGGACCAAGCCCACCAUCCUGGGCAUCAGCAGCGUCUCCCCCAGUACCACCAAGCCUGGCACGACCACCAUCAUCAAAACCAUCCCCAUGUCGGCCAUCAUCACCCAGGCGGGUGCCACGGGUGUGACCAGCAGUCCUGGCAUCAAGUCCCCCAUCACCAUCAUCACCACUAAGGUUAUGACUUCAGGAACUGGAGCACCUGCCAAAAUCAUCACUGCUGUCCCCAAAAUUGCCACUGGCCACGGGCAGCAGGGAGUGACCCAGGUGGUGCUUAAGGGGGCCCCAGGACAGCCAGGCACCAUCCUCCGCACUGUGCCCAUGGGGGGCGUCCGCCUGGUCACCCCCGUCACCGUCUCCGCCGUCAAGCCAGCCGUCACCACAUUGGUUGUGAAAGGCACCACAGGCGUCACAACCCUAGGCACAGUGACAGGCACAGUCUCCACCAGCCUUGCUGGGGCGGGGGGCCACAGCACCAGUGCCUCCCUGGCCACGCCCAUCACCACCUUGGGCACCAUCGCCACCCUCUCCAGCCAGGUGAUCAACCCCACUGCCAUCACCGUGUCAGCUGCACAGACCACGCUGACAGCGGCAGGCGGGCUCACGACCCCUACCAUCACCAUGCAGCCGGUGUCCCAGCCCACCCAGGUGACUCUGAUCACGGCACCCAGCGGGGUGGAGGCCCAGCCCGUGCACGACCUCCCUGUGUCCAUUCUGGCCUCUCCGACUACAGAGCAGCCCACCGCCACAGUCACCAUCGCCGACUCGGGCCAGGGUGAUGUGCAGCCUGGCACCGUGACCUUGGUGUGCUCCAAUCCACCCUGUGAGACCCACGAGACUGGCACCACCAACACGGCCACCACCACCGUUGUGGCUAACCUUGGGGGACACCCCCAGCCCACCCAAGUGCAGUUUGUCUGUGACAGACAGGAGGCAGCUGCAUCUCUUGUGACCUCGACUGUGGGGCAGCAGAAUGGUAGCAUGGUCCGAGUCUGCUCGAACCCACCCUGCGAGACCCAUGAGACAGGCACCACCAACACCGCCACCACCGCCACCUCCAACAUGGCCGGGCAACACGGCUGCUCAAACCCGCCCUGCGAGACCCACGAGACGGGCACCACCAACACUGCCACCACAGCCAUGUCGAGUGUCGGCGCCAACCACCAGCGAGAUGCCCGUCGGGCCUGUGUAGCCGGCACCCCUGCCGUGAUCCGGAUCAGUGUGGCCGCUGGGGCGCUGGAGGCAGCCCAGGGCUCUAAGCCCCAGUGCCAAACCCGCCAGACCAGCGCGACCAGCACCACCAUGACUGUGAUGGCCACUGGGGCCCCAUGCUCGGCUGGCCCACUCCUCGGGCCGAGCAUGGCACGGGAGCCUGGGGGCCGUGGCACUGCUUUUGUGCAGUUGGCCCCUUUGAGCAGCAAAGUCAGGCUGAGCAGCCCAGGCAGCAAGGACCUGCCCACAGGGCGCCACAGCCAUGCAGCCAGCACCGCCGCCAUGGCCCGUUCCAGUGUGGGUGCUGGGGAGCCCCGCACGGCACCUGUGUGCGAGAGCCUCCAGGGCAGCUCGCCCAGCACCACAGUGACUGUGACGGCCCUGGAGGCACUGCUGUGCCCCUCGGCCACUGUGACCCAAGUCUGCUCCAACCCACCGUGUGAGACCCAUGAGACAGGCACCACCAACACCGCCACUACCUCGAAUGCAGGCAGCGCCCAGCGGGUGUGCUCCAACCCACCGUGCGAGACCCAUGAGACAGGCACCACCCACACGGCCACCACGGCCACUUCAAAUGGGGGCACAGGCCAGGCCGAGGGUGGGCAGCAGCCCCCUGCAGGUCGCCCCUGUGAGACACACCAGACCACUUCCACCGGCACCACCAUGUCUGUCAGCGCGGGCGCCCUGCUUCCCGAUGCCACUUCUUCCCACAGGACCCUGGAGUCUGGCCUAGAGGCGGCGGCAGCGCCCAGCGUCACUCCCCAGGCUGGCACUGUUCUGCUGGCCCCUUUCCCAACACAGAGGGUAUGCUCCAACCCCCCCUGUGAGACCCACGAGACAGGCACCACUCACACAGCUACCACUGUCACUUCCAACAUGAGCUCAAACCAAGACACCCCACCCGCUACCAGCGAUCAGGGAGAGGUGGAGAGCACCCAGGGCGACAGCGUGAACAUCACCAGCUCCAGUGCCAUCACAACAACUGUGUCCUCUACACUGACACGGGCUGUGACCACCGUGACACAGUCCACGCCGGUCCCAGGCCCCUCAGUGCCGCCCCCAGAGGAACUCCAGGUGUCCCCAGGGCCUCGCCAGCAGCUGCCGCCGCGGCAACUCCUACAGCCGGCCUCCACAGCCCUGAUGGGGGAGUCCGCCGAGGUCCUGUCAGCCUCCCAGACCCCUGAGCUCCCGGCCGCCGUGGAUCUGAGCAGCACAGGGGAGCCAUCUUCGGGCCAGGAGUCUGCUAGCUCUGCGGUGGUGGCCACUGUGGUGGUCCAGCCACCCCCACCUGCACAGUCCGAAGUAGAUCAGUUAUCACUUCCCCAAGAGCUAAUGGCUGAGGCCCAGGCCGGCACCACCACCCUCAUGGUAACGGGACUCACCCCCGAAGAGCUGGCAGUGACUGCUGCUGCGGAAGCAGCUGCCCAGGCUGCAGCCACGGAGGAAGCCCAGGCCCUGGCCAUCCAGGCGGUGCUCCAGGCCGCACAGCAGGCCGUUAUGGGCACCGGUGAGCCCAUGGACACCUCCGAGGCAGCGGCAACCGUGACCCAGGCAGAGCUGGGGCACCUGUCUGCUGAGGGCCAGGAGGGCCAGGCCACCACCAUCCCCAUUGUGCUGACACAGCAGGAGCUGGCUGCCCUGGUGCAGCAGCAGCAGCUGCAGGAGGCCCAGGCCCAGCAGCAGCAUCACCACCUCCCCACUGAGGCCCUGGCCCCUGCUGAUAGCCUCAAUGACCCGGCCAUUGAGAGCAACUGCCUCAACGAGCUGGCCGGCACCGUCCCCAGCACCGUGGCGCUGCUGCCCUCAACAGCCACUGAGAGCCUGGCUCCAUCCAACACAUUUGUGGCCCCCCAGCCGGUUGUGGUGGCCAGCCCAGCCAAGCUGCAGGCUGCAGCUACCUUGACUGAAGUGGCCAAUGGCAUUGAGUCCCUGGGUGUGAAGCCGGACCUGCCGCCCCCACCCAGCAAGGCCCCCAUGAAGAAGGAAAACCAGUGGUUUGAUGUGGGGGUCAUUAAGGGCACCAAUGUAAUGGUGACACACUAUUUUCUGCCACCAGACGAUGCUGUCCCAUCAGAAGAUGAUUCGGGCACUGUCCCUGACUAUAACCAGCUGAAGAAGCAGGAGCUGCAGCCAGGCACAGCCUAUAAGUUUCGUGUUGCUGGAAUCAAUGCCUGCGGCCGGGGGCCCUUCAGUGAAAUCUCAGCCUUUAAGACAUGUCUGCCUGGUUUCCCAGGGGCCCCUUGUGCCAUUAAAAUCAGCAAAAGUCCUGAUGGUGCUCACCUCACCUGGGAGCCACCCUCUGUGACCUCCGGCAAGAUCAUCGAGUACUCGGUGUACCUAGCCAUCCAGAGCUCGCAGGCUGGGGGUGAGCUCAAGAGCUCCACCCCAGCCCAGUUGGCCUUCAUGCGAGUGUACUGCGGGCCCAGCCCCUCCUGCCUCGUGCAGUCCUCCAGCCUCUCCAACGCCCACAUCGACUACACCACCAAGCCUGCCAUCAUUUUCCGCAUCGCUGCCCGCAAUGAGAAGGGCUACGGCCCAGCCACACAAGUGAGGUGGCUGCAGGAAACCAGUAAAGACAGCUCUGGCACCAAGCCGGCCAACAAACGGCCUAUGUCCUCUCCAGAAAUGAAAUCUGCUCCAAAGAAAUCUAAGGCCGAUGGUCAGUGAGAGGAAGCUGACCAGUCCCUGGAUUCUUCUCCAGACUCCCCUGCUUCAGGAACACCCGCCGAGGCCCACCCCUCCCGCCCCGCCCCUCCCGCCCCGGCAUUCGGCAUUCGCACUUCACCCUCCAGAGCCGCAGUUUCCUCCUCCCCCCUUUCUCUUUCUCUCUGUUUUUAAAAUAAUCUAAAGAAAGCACAUUUUACCAUUGCGGUUGGGAGGAAGCAGAGGCAGAUGGGAAAGCAGAGAGAGGAGCGCGUUUCCUUUCCUCCCCUCUGACUAGGGAGGGCGGAGCUGAAGACAGCCAGCGCUGUCCUGGGGCUGUGUGCGCUUUGCUUUGCCAAGGGCCAGGUGAGGGGCGGGCAUGGAGCGGAGGAAAGGCACCCCCUUGGCCUUCCCCAGGGCAGCUUUCCUGACACUCUGGCCCGGGUGUCUGUCUGGUUCUGUUUUCUUUUCUUCCCCUUGUGUUUCCAGCCACCUAACCUCCCUUCCUCAGGCUCCCCCAGUCCGCCCUGCUCAGUGACCCCACAGGAAGCUUACACUUUUUCUCAGAGGCCUUCGUGCUCCAAACUCUUAUCCUCUUCCCUUCUUCUUUCCCAUUUUAAAAAAAGAAAAGAAGGAAAAAGAAAAAAGGGGCAAGGAGCCCCGCGGCGGCCUGGGCAGCACCUGUGCAAACCUCUCUGUGGGCCAUGCUGCCAACUGCUGCAUUGGUUGUGUUUUUUAGGUUGAAAUUGGUGAAGUUCACACUUUCAUUGUAAUUUUAGCGUGUGGGGUUUUGUCUCUUUUUGUUGUUAGCUGUGUACAGAAUGUGUAAUUUUUUUUCUUUUUUGUGUGUUUUUGUUUUGUUUUUGCUUUUUUCUCCUUGGCUAAUUCUUGGCAGGGAUCUUUCUGGAGGAAAAGCUGGGGCCUGCCAGGGCAGGAGAGGUGUGGAAUCUGCCACGUGGCGCCUACUGUUUGCCGCCCAGCCCAGCUUCCUGUUGCUGGCUCCUGUCCUCUACCCCUUUGCCUGUCCUCAGGCUGCUGGGACAAAGAAAGGACAGCUCAUUCCUCAUGGGUGAUCACUCUGCACCCAUAGGGUCGAGCCUGGGGAAGCUGGAGGGAGGGCUGGGGCUUCCUUGUCCUGGGUUCCCAGUGCUCCCCACGCCCCCUCCCUCAGCACCACCGGCGCUGCCUCCCACAUGGGGCUGCUGCUUUCUGCAGCCACUGUGCCACCUCCCUCAAAUUGUCAUGGAAAGGGUGGAGAAUGGAGGGGAACCAGGCGUCCUUGGAAGCAGCCUGGUAGGGCACCUGUGCAGUGUCACCUACAAGGGAGGCAGGGCAACAGAUCCGGUCGCCAGCAGCAGCAUAGCAGCUGCAUGAAUGUGCUGCAUGGAACCCAGGCCAGGCUCCGGGGCUGGGGUAUCUGCUUGCAGUUUUCUACCCCCCCUCCCCUCGAGCUUCCAUCAAGGAGCAAGGUUUGCCAGCAAGUCAGAAGGCUUUGAACUGAGCAGCCAAUAUUUCCAGCCCUUCCCCACCAAACUCUGCCUGGGGAUGCAGCAGCCUGUGUCCUCCAGGGCCUCUGGUUUGUUGUAUUAUAGUAUAUUUCGCUGUGGAAAAUGUCACGUUUAGUCACCUUGGAGCCCAUUCACCUGGUCCUGUUGUUUUACCCCACCCCUUCUCUCGCGCGCCUAUUGAUUUGUUUCUGAGGAGAGUACACCGUUCACUAUUGUAGAGUAACCCCUGUGACUCAAUAUUACCAUAGUGCGAUGUCGUUUUGUGCUAUUUUGAACAAUUAAAAGACUUUUUUUGAAAUAA